CGCGGUUCUGCGAGGCGCAGCUCCUCUCAACGCGGGGACAAUGCCAGGGAAAUAACAAUAAAUGGCACUCCUUCGGCGGAAGAAAAGUCAGCAGUUGCUGAUUUUGUGUUGGGUUUUGUCGCUUCCAGUUGUUUUCUGUUUCAGUGAGCUAUCUUUUGUGACUGAACCCAGUGACAAGAGGGUGUCUCAGAACGACCGUGUAGUUCUGGACUGCUUGGCCCAGGGAGAACCGCCCGUGGACGUCCAGUGGCAGAAAAACGGGGCCAGAGUUAGAGAAAGUGAUCGUAUUCGUUUCUUGCCUAAUGGAUCUCUGUGUCUUUCAUCACCAAGCAGAGGAGUAGAACAAUCAGACGAAGGCUUUUAUCAGUGCCUUGCUCGCAACAAAUAUGGAGCCAUCCUAAGCCAAGGAGCUCACCUUACAAUCUCACGUAUCUCAUCCUUUGUGACUCAUCCAUCUCCUGUCAUAGUAAAUGAAAGUUCUGUAGCUAGGUUUUUCUGCAGUAUCAGUGCUGACCCACCGGCCAUAAUCACAUGGGAAGUCAACCAAAAAGUUCUGCCACUGGAAACAGAAAGAAUUGCGGUGUUGCCAAAUGGAAUCUUGCAGAUUCAUAAGGUGAAACAGGAGGAUGCUGGAUUCUAUUGCUGUGUCGCCACCAACACUGCUGGUCAGCUAAGAAGCAGGGAGGCCCGGCUUACUGUCACCCCAGUGCCUGGUGCCAGACCACUCAUGAAGCCCCGGAUCAUUGCCAGACCACAGAACAUCAGUGCUAGCCUGCACCGGACUGUUGUUCUGGAGUGUGUAGCAGAGGGCAACCCUCGUCCCCUGGUCUCUUGGAGCAGGGCUGACUCUAAGCCUAUAGAUGUGUUUGGGGUCAAAGUGUUGGGAAACGGGAACCUCAUCAUCCCCGAUGUAAAAGCCCAUCAUGAUGGAGUUUACCUGUGUCGAGCAACAACACCACGCACACGUAACUACACCAUCGCUGCUGCAAACCUCACUGUGCUUGUGCCUCCUUCAAUGGUAGAGAAGCCAGAGAGUCAGACGCGUCCCAGAGCAGGCACGGCUCGCUUUAGCUGCCAGGCAGAGGGUGUUCCACCACCCCGCAUCAAGUGGCUAAAGAACGGCCAAGCAAUCCACUCCAAUGGCAGGAUUAAGAUGUACAACAGUAAAUUGGUGAUAACACAGAUAAUUCCUGAAGAUGAUGCUAUCUACCAGUGCCAGGCUACGAAUUCACAGGGUUCAGUUCUGUCGAUGGCCCGGCUGAUAGUAGUCAUGUCUGAGGACCGGCCCAGUGCGCCUCGGAACAUUCAUGCUGAGACAAUCUCCAGCUCUGCCAUCUUACUGGCCUGGGAAAGGCCUCAGUACAACGCAGAUAAAGUCAUUGCAUAUUCAGUGCACUACAUGAAAACAGAAGGUCUAAACAAUGAAGAGUACCAAGCAGUGAUUGGAAAUGACACAACUAGCCACAUUGUGGAUGAUCUGGAGCCAGCAUGUAACUACACGUUUUAUAUAGUGGCCUAUAUGCCUAUGGGAGCCAGCCGCAUGUCUGAGCAAGUCACACAACACACACUAGAGGAUGUGCCUGUCCGUACCCCUGAGCUAAGCCUUACCAGCCGCAGUCCUACUGACAUCCUGGUGUCCUGGCAGCCUCUUCCAGCAAAGCUAAGUCGUGGACGUGUCUCCGCCUACCGCCUGUCUUUCCGUACAGGCGCUGAUGAACAGGUGAGCUCAGUAGAGCUACAUGGAAACUCCACGCAGUAUCUGCUUCAGGACCUGCAACCUGACACCAUCUACCUGCUGCGCAUUGAGGUGUCCACCCGCGUGGGCAGGAGCCAACCAUCAGCCUGGAGCUCUCACCGCACACCCAAAACUUCCAAAGCCACAGUACCCCCUGCCCCUAAUCUGGAGUUGGAACCCUUUAACUGCACUUCAGUUACUGUCCGCUGGCAUCUUGUACCCAGUGAUGCUGUCAUUCAGGGGUACAGACUCUCCUGGCAUCCUGACAGCCAUUCAGAGAGCUCAACUAUCCAGCUUCACCCUCAGGACUUCCACCAUACUAUUGCAGCACUCGAUCCUAGAAGAAAGUAUCAUGUGAAGAUUCUAGCCUUCAGUGCUUAUGGCGAUGGCUAUCAAGCACAUCAGAUUGUCAGCACUACUGGCUGUCCUUCUUCUCCAAACAGGAGGUUGGCCACACUACCUGCUCCAGACCACGUCCAGGGUCAGACCAACAGCUCCUCAUCCGUCAGCCUCAGCUGGGGACGACCUGCCUUCAGUUCUGGAAAACCAGUUAGCUUUUCUGUCCGCUAUGGCACUGUGGCUCCUUACAAUUCUUCCGCUGUACGCUAUCUACAAACGAAUGAACAGACAGUAAUAGUGGAGGGACUGAAGUCUAACACGCGCUAUGAGUUUUCUGUACGUUUACACAUGGAUCACAUGUCCAGCCCCUGGAGCUCUCCCAUCUAUCUGAGAACUCUUCUGGAAGCCCCAUCAUCUCCUCCUCUGGGGGUGAGAGUGACACUGAUUGAGGAGGACACUGCAUUGGUGUCCUGGAGGGAGCCUGAACAGCCCAACCUGACUGUGAGCCACUACACCAUUCUCUAUGCCCCUCAGAGAGCAUGGGUAGCAGGAGAUUGGCAGGUCCUCCAGAGAGAAGGUAGCAGUACUAUGGCUCUGUUAGAGAAGCUGGAGCCUGGUAAUGUUUACCUGGUGAAGAUCUCAGCUUCAAACCAGGCAGGAGAUGGCCCUUUUUCCAUCACUGUGGAACUUCCUGUGCUGAGGGGGAAAACUCACACAGGCAAAAACCCUCGCCAUACCUACAGCCAGACUAAAACUAUAGGUGGUCUCUAUCAUUUGGAUGAGAAAUCUAUGACUGGCAUUAUGAUUGGUGUAUGUAUAGCACUGGCCUGCAUCAUUACCUGUAUCUUCAUUCUCAUCACUAAAAGCAAAACAAGAAAUUUUUCAUCCUCCAAGAUAAAUGGACAAAUAUGUGCUAAUAGUGUGUCACAGGCCAAUCACCUACAGAUAGAGAAUGCUGAGGUUUUGGUACCAAUGAUUGGAAACCACUAUGUUGACACCAAGGGUCGAUCAGCUUUGAUGAUAAACUGUGGUAAACCUAUCAUCACUAGCUGCCAGGACACACAGACUAGGAAGUGGAACAUUUUUAGACAUGCAGGAAAAUAUGGUCAAAAGGAUAUCCAGGCAGUGGAGCGAGGGUGUUUGUAUGAGGUGGGGAAGAUGGUGUUGCAGUACGAGCAGGAGCAGGUGGGGACACCUCUCCAGCACUCCCCUUUACAGGUCUUCUAUCAACCACUUGGAGAGUCUGAGAGCUCUCAGACCAGUGAGGGCAGCGGAGAAACAGGAGAUUCUGGAAAUUUCUCUCAAGAUGAGGCCGAACCGCACAGCUCUAAAAUCUGUGAGGAGAAAAGUGACAGCUCUGCAAAUCUGGGAGACACAUUAGACUUUGUUUCACAUGUUUCAUUGUGAAUCCACUUCCGCUUCUAUUUACCCCACUGAACCCCAGCUGCCUUUCUCAAGCACAGAACCCAGCCAAAGAUACAGGUGAAACACGUUUGCACAUUCUCCAGCUCAGGUAAUGCUGCUCACCAGGAAACAGAGAAGCGACCUAAAGACCAGAGUCUGUGCCAAAGACCAGAGUCUUUCUCAAUCAUACAAAAAAACUAGUUUAACCAAAAGCUCCUUAACUUGUGCUGCACUGUCAGCACAAAGGCACAAGCACAGUCUCAAAUCUUACUGCUGCCUUGAACGCUUUCUCCGAUUGGUUUAAGAAGCCCUCAGACGACUUCAGAGAACAUUGCAGCCUUCUGUGGGAUCUAAUUAUACUGUACCUAACUAAUGUACUUCCUACUAUCUUUGUCUUCUUCUGUUUGUUCAGAAGAAAACAUACCUCACCAAAUGUUGAAUGUCUUUAGGCUAUGUUUUUUUACAUUGUUCUUAAAUUUGUUCCCAACCUACCUCAGUUUAAGUUUAAACACUUUUUACUUUAUUUUUCAGAGUUGCUUUGGUCUGCGUUAUUUAUUUACAUUUUUAUGAAAAACAGGUUAAGGAACCUCAGGCGUUAAAGUACUGUAAUUUUAACUGCUGCUGGGCAAUGUGCAGACAGACUGCUAGGUCAACCCUGAAUACCUCAUUCCAGCUUGAUUUUUCUUAUUAUCAUUUUAUAUUGUUUACUUUUUUUAGUACUACCUCCCCUAAACAGCAGUUUUGUUGUUUGAAUUAUUAAGAAAAUAAUUUGCUUUUCUUAUGAAGUUUUUGAAGUGUUAGACUUCUGUUUUUAUUAAUGGAUCAUAAGUGUGGUCCAUUGCUGUUUUAUGGUACUUUAUUUAAGAUGUGAAAGCUUUAAUAUUUUGUUAAUUUUUCUUUCUGAAUUCUUUAAGAUGUUGAGAUCGGUUUGGGACUUUAUUUGUAUACUGUAUGUACCUUUAUCAUGGCAAGUUCAGUAUGCUUUGGUAAGCGUUAUUUGCUUUAUUUCUCAUCUCUUGAUUUCUUAGCAAUAAGUAAGAAAUAACCAAAAAUUAGAUGCAUAUAUAUGAUUUGUGUGCAUAUAUAUGACCUUGAAAGCUUUAAAACCCAAAUGGCCUUAGGGUGCAUGGCCAUUUUGCAAUAUAUGUAUAUAUAAGAGAUACCCAAUCCAAAGAAUGAAUGAAUGAUUGCAGGAAAAUUAUAGAAUGAUGCCAAAAAAAUACUGUUACUGCCAAAGAUAUAUUAUUAUAUUUCUCCAUAUUAUAAGUGCCACAACGAAUACAAUUUCAUUGGGCAAAGAACUUUAUGACCUUUAUUUUGUAGAUGUACUGUAGAUGACCAGCAGGGGUGGCAGAUGCUAUUAUCCAAAGAGUUGUUUACUUCUUUAAACCGGGUUGGCCACAAACAUGUCAUAUGACACUGGGAUUAUUCAUCUUUCUAAUGUCUACUUAAGACUGAUGAAUGAUUUUGAAAUUGCGAUGCAGUACCAAUCAAAAGUUUAAGACGUGUACUCUUGAUGACAACUUUACUCUGUUCACCAUAGAGCAGCUUCCUUUCCAAAACUUGGUGGCUGCUUCAUUUCUUAAAGCUACUAAAUGAAACAUAGACAAAUUUCAACCAUACACCUUCAGAUUAAAAAAAGGUGUCAGGAUUGUCUAAACUUUUGACUGGUACUCUCUGUACGUGUGUGAAUAAAUUUAAAAUAUGCAACAUUUUGCUUAUGUUUAAUUUCAGAAGCAGUUUGAAUGCAACCCUUUUGACUGAGGUGCAACAAAAUCACUUUUCUACAUUUUUUGUUAGACAAGUCAUCUAUACCAAAGAGUGUUAAAGUCACCAUAGUACUAUUAGUGCAACAUAUGCUUAUAAAAAUGCAUCUAGUCUUGACUACUGCACUAUAUACUGUACAUUGGUUUUAGACAUGGCCUGGCUAUAUUAAGUUUGCCGUGUGACAAUGGAAAUUUCUCUAAAUGUGAUAGAACGUGAUAGAACAAUGCUGAACAGAUCAGAAACAAGAGGAAACACAAUGGGGCUAACUGUCUUGCUUUAUUUGAGUGUGUAUUUCAUUUGUUCUGAUUUUUUUUUUUUUUUUGUAUUUUUUUAGUUCUGACAAACCUACAGAUUCAUUUGAUAAUGAUAUUCAAAUUAAUGUUUUUUUUUUUUUUUUGCUUUGUGUAAUUUCUUUACUUUAAACAGUUGUGGUCUAAUAAUCUGGUGUUUUGUCUGUAUAGACUUGCGUUGUGUUUUUGUGUUUACUUUCCCCAAAGUGUUACCAGUGCUCGUUAACAAAUAAUACUACAGUAAUAUGCUGCUUUUACCAUUUUUAUACAAACUAA